AUGCCCUCCAACGAUGCUCCCCGAUUCGCCUUCGUGUCGGAGAACAAUCAAGCAGACGCCCGAAGCCAUGCAAUGCGCGAGCACUGGAGACAGCGACACAGCCGCAAAAAUAGCGGGAAAGCCAAAAGAAUCCAGCCGAAACUCCUACCCACCCCGACAUCUUCCCAAGAUCGAAUCCAAAAACCCAGGGAUCAUCUCAGCCGAGACCGUUCAACCCGCUCUCAGAGUUCAUCUACUAAGCAGUCGGAAGCUACUUCCACCACCGAGAUUGAACGGAGCCGAUACAACAAAGAAACGGCGCUCGGUAUUACCCCACAGCUCUUGAAUGGAAUGAGCCAUGCUUUGUCAACUGCGAGGCUUGAUCCCUUCCAACAAUUCCCGGUGGAGUUGACACCCCAGCAUCACAAACUACUGCAUCACUGGAUUGGAACGCAUGCUACCAUGAUGUUCGAGGACCUGGAUAUCCCGACUUUCAAUCCAAUGAAGGACGUUUGGUUCCCACUAGAUUUGUCCAACGCGUCAUCUUUUAACGCUAUCAUGGCUCACUCUGCAGCUCACCUAGCUCAGCUCUAUGCGGGGACGAGUUCGCAAAGAGCAACCAACUCAUCCGCUGCCUUAACAUUCAAAACUGAAGCGGUGAGAAUACUCCACGAGUGGCUCUCCGACCCAGAAAAAGCACUCAGUUGUGAUGCAUUUGCAGCUGUCAUCCGACUCUUGACAUUUGAGAGAUACUGGGGCACGGCCGAAGAAUGGAAUAUCCAUCGCAUCGGUCUCCACAAAAUGAUUGAAGCUAAAGGUGGAAUCAGUAAGCUCCACGACAACUGGCGUUUGGAGCUUGUUGUCUACCUUGUAUCUCUUAUGUCCAGGCCGUCCUGGUUUGAGUCGACCAAUAACAUCUCCGAAAUCUCCGAGCCGUCCGCUAACGCCUUCUCGCUCGACCCAAAUAUGGACAUCCAAAAGAUACGCUGUCUUUGGUUGAUAUCGUUCAUCCAAGACAUGCGUACUUUUAUGGGAUUUUCCUCACGAUUCUAUGUCCGCGGCCUCUCGGCAUACCCAUCCCUCUACGAUGCUGUUACUCUUCUCCGCGCUGACUUCCAAGCUUAUCAUACGAACAAAAGUCCGUCGGGUGGACCGGAAAUGGCCGUAUCAGACUAUAACAGGUUGGCCUGCCUGUUCUCAAUCUGUAUCAUGAUGCAAGACUCGAUAUCGUCCCCACUCGGCGGCCCCGUGGGCUCCCCGGGCCCCUCCCACGGUCUGGUCAUGCUAGAUGACGCUUUGGCUAAUUCCCGGACUCUUUGGCAAGAUUCCACGGGCCGCAAAAGAUCGAUUACAUCGGGAGAAUGGUGGAAGUGCUAA